UGUGUCCCGUGGGUCCUGCGAGGAGAACUUCUAAGUGGCCCAGCCUCGUCGCUGUGACAUCUCCCCAGGAACCCCAGAAGGCGGGCAAUGGAGCCAGUGACCUUUGAGGAUGUGGCUGUGAACUUCACUCUGGAGGAGUGGGCUCUGCUGGAUCCUUCCCAGAAGAAGCUCUUCAGAGAUGUGAUGCAGGAAACCUUCUGGAACCUGACCACUAUAGGAAAACAAUGGAAAAAUCAGGCCAUCGAUGAUCACUACAAUUCCAGGGGAAAUCUAAGAAUUCAAGUGUUAGAGAGACUCUGUGAACAGAAAGAAGAUAGUCAGUGUGGACAAAUCAUCAGCCACAUCAUAGAUCCUUUUGUAAACAAGAGAAAUUCUUCUGGAGUAAAACCUGGUGAACACCAUAUGUGUGGAGAAGUCACCAUUACUGAUCCAUCCCUAGUUGUGCCCCUGACAUCUCAUGCUGGACACAAAGCACAUGAGUAUCCAGAACAUGGAGAGAAGCCAUAUGAAUAUAAGGAAGAUGGGAAAGCCUUGCAUGAUCCCCAACGUUUCCAGAAGCAUGAAAGAACUCACACAGCAGAGAAACCCCAUGUGUGUAAGCACUGUGGAAAAGCCUUCAGUUCUUCCAGCUACAUUAAAAUCCAUGAACGAAUUCACAGUGGAGAGAAACCUUAUAAAUGCAAACAGUGUGGGAAAGCCUUUACAUUUCUCAGUUCUCUUCAAAUUCAUGAACGAGUUCACAGUGGAAAGAAACCUUACAUAUGUAAGCAAUGUGGAAAAGCCUUUAGAUCACUCAGCAAUGCUAAAGCACACAAACAAAGCCAUAGUGGAGAGAAACCCUAUGUGUGUAAGCAAUGUGGAAAAGCCUUUAGUUCUUAUGGUUACAUUAAAAAACAUGAACAAAUUCACAGUGGAGAGAAACCUUAUAAAUGCAAACAAUGUGGGAAAACCUUUACAUUUCUCAGUUCUCUUCAAAUUCAUGAACAAAUUCACAGUGGAAAGAAACCCUACAUAUGUAAGCAAUGUGGAAAAGCCUUUAGUUCAUCCAGCAACGCUAAAGUACACAAACGAACUCACAGUGGAGAGAAACCUUAUAACUGCAAACAAUGUGGGAAAGCCUUUACAUUUCUCAGUUCUCUUCAAAGUCAUGAACGAAUUCACAGUGGAAAGAAACCUUACAUAUGUAAGCACUGUGGAAAAGCCUUUAGAUCUUCCAAGUAUGUUAAAAUCCAUGAACGAAUUCACAAUGGAGAGAAACCUUAUAACUGCAAACAAUGUGGGAAAGCCUUUACAUUUCUCAGUUCUCUUCAAAGGCAUGAACAAAUUCACAGUGGAAAGAAACUCUAUAUAUGUAAGCAAUGUGGAAAAGCCUUUAGAUCACCCAGCAAUGCUAAAGCACACAAACAAAUCCAUAGUGGAGAGAAACCCUAUGUGUGUAAGCAAUGUGGAAAAGGAUUUAGUUCUUCUAGCUAUGUGAAAACACAUGAACGAAUUCACAGUGGACAGAAAUCAUGCAUUUGUAAACAAUGUGGAAAAGCCUUUAGUUCUUCCACGUAUGUUAAAAUCCAUGAAAGAAUUCACAGUGGAGAGAAACCUUAUAAGUGCAAACAAUGUGGGAAAGCCUUUUGUUUUCCUAAUUCACUUCAAAUUCAUGAACACAUUCACAGUGGAAAGAAACCCUAUGUGUGUAAGCAAUGUGGAAAAGGCUUUACUUCUUCCAGCUCCAUUAGAAAACAUGAACGAAUGCACAGUGGAGAGAAACCUUAUACAGGUGGAACUAUGUGGGAAAGCUUUCAGUUAUCUCAAUGCAUUCAGAAGACAUGAAAAAACUCAACACUGGAGAAAAACCCUAUGAAUGUAAGCUAUGUGGAAAAGGCUUUAGUUCUUUUAGCCACAUUAAAACACAUGAAUGAAUUCCCAGUGAAGAGACACCUUAUACAUGUUAACAAUGUUGGAAAGCUUAUCAUUUCCCCAGAUCCCUUCAAAUACAUGAAAUAAAGCACAAUGGAGAGAAAUCCUAUCUAUGUGUACAAUGUGGAAAAGGCUUUUGUUCAUCUAGCCAUGUGAACAAAUUCAGAGUGAAGAGAAGCCCUAUAUAUGUAAACAAUGUGGGAAAACUUUUAUUCAUUCCUAUUUAGUCAGAAGAUAUAAGUCACCCUGGAGAACGACUAUGUGUGCAAGCAAUAUGGCAAAGCCUGUGGUGAUCCCAGUCCCCACAGACAACAACAGAGAAUUCACAGUGACAUGAAAACAUGUAUGUGAGAAGUGUGGAAAGCCUCCAGUCAUUUCUCCACCCUUAAAAUACAUGGAAGAAUGCACACUGGAAAGAAACCCUGUGUUGCCGGGUCCAGCCCCAGUGGGGAUCCAGGGGUCUUGAAGGAGGAGUGGCAUCUGCGAAAGAAGAAGAGACUGGAAGAUAGGUUUCAAGUUAUGAGCAGCCUCCAGAAGGAUCUGCUGCCCCUAGAGGGGCCUUUAUUUUUACACCUUUUUUGCAGGUGUUUUCUCAGGUAGUUAAUGAAUAGCCUCAAAGCCCGAAACAUCUUUGAUUUACAUAAUUUUCAAGAGUUACAAUCUUUUCUGGCAAACAUUGAUUACCUAAUGUUGGGGACCGCAAAUCAAGUCAAGAUGGCGCCUGGCAGUUUGCCAGGAGGAGUGGUUUGUGAGGCAACGCCACCGAGCCAUUCAG